AUGAUCCUGGCAGGCUUCUUCAUGUCAACAACAAUUGCGCCGCCAGCCACUAUUGCCGUUCCUCUAUUUUUUCUUAUAGCUGACAUAAAUGCAAAUCAGUCUUCCAUACUCAACGAUGGGCGAUACAUCGUAAAUGAUGAUGAUGAUGAUGAUAACGAAUUAGAUACUGUUGCUCAACAAAGUGACCGUAAUAACAGCGAUAAUCCGAUCGACUGGUUUGUGGUACUAAACCAAGAAGAAGAAGAAGAAGAAGACGACGACGAACAUGCGGAUGAUAAAUAUGGAUUGUUUGAUAGUGAUGAAGAUAAUCUAACCCUAUUUGAUCUGAAAUUUAUACCUAAAUCUGAUCAUGAUUUAAGUAUAUUCGAUGAAUUAGCACAACAGUGUGAUGCUGUUUUAUUGGCCACAAAUCUUGAACAGAAAACAGCAAAAACAACUCAUAACGAAUCUCACGUAUCCAAUUUAAAAGUAACAACAAUGACGAAUGAAUAUGAACGACGUUUUCAAUGUUCACUUCAAAAAUUAAAUAUACCUUCGUGGUAUAAUGAGAUUGCUCAAUCACCUAAAAUAGCAAGUAAACCAAUAAUUAUUACGUCGAGUCGUUUAAAUCAAGAGUCUCAUCGUACACCAGAAAUAGUACAUGUACAUCGUCCACGUAGUUAUCGUUCAUGUCGUUCAUCAUUCGGGACGUCGCCAUCACCAUCUGUACAUUCCUGGCAUCCAAAUCAUGUAACGGAUGGAUUGAACUUUUCUCCCCUGUUACCUUCGUCUUCGUAUACAUCUUCGCGUCGACAUAUGAAAUAUGAAAAGGGCACUGAACGUGUUGCAAAAUCAAGUCGCUGGUAUCGACCAGCACGAUUUAUUCCCGAAACGAAACACGAUCCUAUUGGUGGCACUACACAAAUAUCACGAAGUCAACAAACAAAAUCGAAUCAUAAUCAUUAUGAUGUUCCAAAAAUUUUUCACGAUGAGACACAGAAUCCUUCCCAUAGGAUAAGACAAAAUUUUAUUCCUGAUGAAAAUAUCAUAUCCGGAUUGUCCAAUCAACAGCAAUCGAAAUAUUUGAUUGAUGACAUCAAUUUUAACGACUUCAAAAAUGCAAGAGCCACAAAGGAAAAUAGAAAUAACGAGAGUAAUAGUUUGAUAGCGAAUGAUAAGCGAUACGACAAUUAUACGCCAUCGAAUGAUUUUGAAAAAAUGUCGUCUACAAAUGAGAUAAUACCGUUUGGUUACGUUGAAUUAGAAGAAGUAACUGACGACGAAGAUAAUGACAAACGAUCGUCAAUUAAUAGAAUACAGAAAAUAUCAAGCAAAAAAAUGAUUGAUACCAACGAUAAUGAAACAAAUAGGUUGUUGGAACGUAUAGCUACUAAUUUAGUAGAGUCAAUAUUGAACGAUGCAUUAAACCUUAAAAAACAUGACCGUGAAGAUGUUGUUCUUGAUGAUGAUGAUGAUGAUGAUGAUGAUGAUGAUGUAAAUAUGGGUGUCAGAGAACUAUCUGAUGAUGAAACUGCUCUUCGUGAACUAGAUGAAAAUGAUAUGAGUGGUACAGAUGAAUUUAUUUUAUUUGCAACAAAACCAGAAACAUCUGAUCACGAUGUUGAUGAUGAUGAUGAUGAUGAUCACGAAAAUAACCCACAAACAUCGUCAAGUAUAACUAGAGGUAGUCUUAAUCGAUUAUAUACAUUCUCAAGAACGAAUGAUGAUACUCUAACUCAUUCAUCAAAACACUCAAGUAAUCAAGAUUCUUUAACAUCAGACCUAAUGAUUGUUGACAAGGAUAUAUCUAAAACUAAUAAUAUUUUGAAUACAGCUUUCAACGAGCCAUUUAAUAAAACGAUCUAUCUUGAUAAUAACAAUUCGAUGGAUUCGUCGCCUGUAUAUCGUUCACAUAUACAAAAACGACAGAUAAAUUUAGGUCGAUAUUAUGAUGGUAUGAUGCGUGCAACAAAUAGUCAUUUGCCAACCUAUGAUAUUCGUUGUGAUCUUCUUACAAAUAAACCAGUAUCAUCGGAAGGUGUGAAUGAAGAAACAGUACGACUAGGAAGAAUUUUACUCGAUAGUAUACCGACUUCACUUGAUAGUAAAAUUCCAUUGAAUGAAAGUAUUUCAAAUGAUACAAUACCUAUUCGACCCAUAUUAAAAAAUACUCGAUUUGAAAUAGCAGAUGAAACGAAAUGUGACGAUUGCACAAUAAAACCUGAAGUCAAAAGUCCAACGCCUACACGAAAAAUUCUGACGACAACAGUAACAGAAGAAUAUCUUAGAAUUCAAAGAAAAAUUAUCGAAGAAAUCAUUGACGAACCCAUUAAUGAAGGAUGCGGUGUUUUUGACUAUUCAAGUCAUCACGAACAGUUUAAUACUCAACAGUCAUUAAUAUCAUCUGUUUCAAUAAAUCAUCAAUCACCAUAUGAAUCAUUAGCAGACUGUUAUUCAGGAUAUUCUUUUACUCGCAGUGACUUUCUAACACCAGUGUCUGUCCCAUUAAGAUCGAAAGUUUCCUCGUUACAAUCAACAACUGAUGAAGCCUAUGAAUCCGAACCAACAACAAUAUCGCCGUGUUCACGAACAAUUAGUUCAUCACCAAUAACUGCUACCACCACCACCGCAACAACAACAACAACCACAACCACUCAUGUUCAUCCUCAUCUUUUACAUGAAUUUGAAUAUCCAUCUCCACCUCCACCUGUACCUGAUCGACACCUUAAGCCACCUCAUUUACGUCCCCCACCUCCUGUUAAACCGCGUUCUCAUCAACGACAAAAAGGCUCUAAUGAAUAUAGUUCACUAAGCAAAGCAAUGCCUUCACCAUUGACAACUAUUCAACAUCUAUUAGCAACAUCAUCAUCAUCAAAUGACUCAAGAUCGCCAUCAGCAACACGAUUAUUAAGUAGUCGACAUUAUUGUGGUUCAUUACCUGUAUCUAAUGAACCUAUAACAUCAUCGAGACCUCCAACAAUAACAAAAGCAGAUGAAAUUCCAAAACGAUACAGUCGAACAUCAAACGAUGAAAAUAAGCAACAAUCAAAUUCAUCAUCAUUGAACCGACACAAGCCCAGAAAGCCGUCAUCUACAUAUUUUGAAGAAGCAACAAAUGGCCUAGCUAUUCGACUACCAGCACCAAUUUCCAGAGGACAAGAGAUAACAAAUAAGCAAGAUCUCAACAGAUCAUCAAGAGCAUCAUCCACUAAACGAAUCGAUGGCAUAAUGAAAAAACGACCGAUAUCUGAAAAUCUUCAUGCGGAUCGAUCCUCACUUUAUGAAACAUCGGUUUAA